CAGUAAUAUAUUCGGUCUGCGGCCUGUAGACUAUGCAGAAACAGAGGAGAUAAAGUUGGCUUUGCUGCAAGCACAGAAAAACAAGGAGCCACUUGUAAAGCUGCCAUGCUCUGCUCUGAACAGACGCCAGUGUAGAGAAGAAGCUGUUGUCCUUUUGGGCUAGCGGCCUGUCAGCCUCUCAAAAGACUAAUCUUGCCAAGCUUGCUGCACUUCUGAAGGCAGAAAUAUGCUCUAACUACAGCAGUUCAGUAACUCACCUUCUUGUCGGGGAGGAUCCCAUGCUCCGUACCAUGAAGUGUAUGAUGGGGAUGUCUGUUGGCUGCUGGAUCCUUCAAUAUUCUUGGGUGAAGGCCUGCCUAGAGUCACGUGGUCAAGUGCCAGAAGAAGCACAUGAGGUAAAGGGUGGACCUCACAGAGCUCGCCUCAACCGAGAACAGCUGCUUCCAAAACUACUGGAUGGAUGUCAUUUUUAUUUCCUUGGGUCCUUCAAAGAACAAAAAAAGGAAGACUUGACUGAGCUGGUUAAAGCGGCUGGAGGACAAAUUCUCAUUCGCCAACCAAAGCCUGAUAGUGAUGUGACCCAGACUAUUAACACUGUAGCCUACCAUGCUGAUUCUGACUCUGAUCAAAGGUUUUGCACACAGUAUAUAAUUUACGAUAAGACUUCUAAAUAUGUCCCAGGCAGGGUACGCCAAGGCAAGGUCUGGUUUGCGCCCUCAAAUUGGCUUAUUGACUGUAUCACCAGCUUUCAGCUGCUCCCUGUGCAAUAA